UCUGGUUUGGGUGGAGUGAAGUUGGACAUGUACUAUACAUUUUUCUUUCCAAAUUAGCCUAGGGGACGGCAUUAUGCCAUGGUAAUAAGACCAUUAAGACUUUCAUGGUGACCAACACAUAAUUUAUUUGUGGAUACAAAACGUUUACAUAUUAGGCUAAAUGGAUGUCAGUGAAGAAUCGUUGCUGGAUUAUUUUUAUUCAGCCGGAGGCAAAGUAAAAAAUGCAGACCUAUUGAAGACAUAUAAGCCAUUUAUUGGCCAUAGCGACUUGCAAUUGCGUGCUAAAUACAGAGAGGAAUUCAAACUCAUCAUUGACAGGAUUGCAGUAGUGAAGUCAGAGAACGGUGAGAAGUACCUGGUCCUAAAAAAGAAGUACCGACAGCUGUUACAUGAGCGUGAUCCAGAGAAUCAUGGGACAGGGAAGGAGGCUCAAGGCCCAGCCAGCCCAGCCAGCCCAGCCAGCUCCCCUGCCACAGUGCUCUGGGAGGGGACAAUGCUCUCCCCUCUCUCCAGCCCCCAGAAGGACCUCAAGAGCUCGGACUCAGAACUGAAACUGUACCCUCCAAAGUCCCCAGACCAGGGGAGCAGGCAGAGGCCUGCCCAGGUGAUGUGGUAUGGAGGACCCACCAUCACCGUCACAGGGGCCCCUGAACAGGAGCCCACACCGGAGGACCAGCCCACAGAGUGGACCACCUCACUGCCCACUGUAAAGGAAUCCCCUGCUGUCCAGGUGGAGGAACUCCUAGCACCAAGUAAUGGAGAGGAUGACCAUGAGAAGGAUUUAGGGUCCAAGUCAGAGUCGGAGCAGGAAGAGGACUGUAUGGGCAGCAUGGGCUCCACAUCUGUGGCUCUGGAGCCAGUGGAGAAGGAAUGGAUCUACUCAGCUGCGUGUGGUCGUUCCUCUGACCUGUCUCAGCUGCUUAGACAGGACCCCUCCCUGGCCAACAAAAAGGUACUGGACCCCAACAUUGCAGCUCUGCACUGGGCAGCCAAACAUGGCAAGGAGGAUAUGACCACUCUGGUGGCCAAUGCAGGGGCUGAUGUCAACAUCAAGUCUGUGAGUAGACAUACACCACUGCAUAUCGCAGCAUUGCAUGGCCAUCGACACAUCUUGGACUUGCUCAUUCAAUCGUAUGGUGCCAAAGAAAACAUCAGAGACUACAGCGGACAUCUUGCCUGCUAUUAUCUGAACAUCAGGGGUUCAUCAGAGGGGGACAGUCAACUACAUUUUCAGACCUGCCAGGCACCAGAAAGGAGGAACAGGAAGCUGGCGUCAUUGUUCCAGUCUAAGAAGAAGUGGGGUUCUGCGGAGGAGCUGGCUCCUAUAGAAGAGGAGAGGUCAGCAUCUCACCAGCUCAUGAUCCCUGCUUUCAGAACCAGGAAGUUCUCCCGCUAGGGAGGGAACUGGAAACUCUUUUAUUAACUCCAUCUCUCACUCACUUACAAGACAGCACACACAUGCAUGGGUACUGAUGAAGAAAGGGUUUUGUCCGUCUUUUCAUUAACAGAGUGAUUAAGUUCAGUUGAGUUCAUAAUUUUUAGAAGUAUUAUCAAACUACAGAUUGGGCGAGAAAACCAGACCUUUGGCAAUAAACACAACACCAGGCUUAGGUCUCAAUCAUGUCUCUCUCAGCUCUGAAGGCCAGAGGACCAUCUUAUAUAGGGCACAAGAAUGUAAACAUAGAUAGUGACAGUCAGGCAGUAAUGACGUAACAACAGUCACAGAGAAAGAGAUUCACGGCUCCCAGCCCAUCACCACUCUCAGGGCAGAGAGAGAUCAUAGGUGGAGCUCUCCCCGUCGUCAUUACAAGGGACGUUUGCCAAGUACUGUCUCCUGACCCCGAACAUCUAUUCAACCUGACACAUACACACAAUCUACUUUAAUCAAUAGCAAACUCACAUGAGAACAUACUAACUAGUAUCCAAUGACUUGUUCUAUCGAUUAGUGAAAGUUCUAUUAAUUAGUGAAUAACGUAAGUACAUAGGAAAUCCCAAUUUCCUCCACAAUACUUACACACUUUUCCUUGUAUAGUGUAGUGGUUCAGAAACCUGUUUAUUUGCUUAUUGGUUGUAAUAUUAUGUUUUGGCUUGUGGCUAUUUUGCUGCAUGAUGCUUUAAUCCAUAGUUUACUUUUAUUUUCAAAGUGACCUGUUUGGAUUCUCUUUCACACUAUGUUUAUUUAAGAUUUAAAGAAGGCAAAUUUAAUAAGCAGAUAUUAUGACAGAUACAGUCACAAAUAUUUCAACAAUCCUUUAAAGACAAAAUCACUGUGUACCAGCCUUAUUAGCCUUAGCCUUUAUUUACAUCCCAUAGUUGAGGCAAAUCGCAUGCUAAUGCUGGUGAAAAUGGCACUAAAACAUGUAAGUCUUCUGUCCAUCACUUGGUAUGGGAUUUUAACCCGUAAUAAUGGGGUUAAUUAUUUCUGAUUACAUUUAUUUGUAUCUGAAACACAUUACAGAGUAUUAAUUUAAGUGUUGGUUCAGUUUAUUGCCGUGUCAUAUAAGCUACAGUUGGGAUUGUUUCCUCAGGCUAAAUGUAUUGCCUCAAUUUUACAGUUUGUUUUAUGCACUAUUUAUAUGCUGAAGAUAUUAUGAUUAAACCAUCAUUUGAUUUGUAACAUGAAA